AUGUCUUCAUCUUCAACAACGGAUAAUUCAUUGAAAAAAGAGAAGGAACAAAAUACCAAGGAGGAGAUUCGUAAGGAAUCCAAUAUCAUUACUCAUUCAACUAAAUUAAAUGAUUCAACAGAGACGUCUACAACAACAACAACAACAACAACAACAACAACUGGUCGUACUCAUCCGUAUGACAUAGAUCCUAUAGCCAUCAUUUCAUCAACAGUCGAACCUCAACCAGGAUUAUUUCGCUCAGGCAUGCCGUUAGAUUUCACUUCAGAUAAUAGUAUAGUAGCGAGUGUGUUCGAAGAUGAUAUGAAUAAGGACGAUGAUAAUAAGAAUAAUGAAAUCGAGGAAGAAAGCAGAGAUCUGGAGGAAAAUUUCAAUAUCUAUACAUCACAGAAAAGUCAAAACACAACUGAACUAGAACAUCUUUCUCAAAAGGUAAUGACUGAACGCCCUCUCGAUGAUGAAGUUAGUGAUGCGAUAAUGCAACAAUUAGAAGAUGUAAUAGCUAUGACAACAGAAGACAUAUUAGUGAUCAAUGAUGAUGAGGACAAUAAUACGGAUGAACAAGAAGCACGAGCAACAGAAUCACAACGAUCAAUAGCAGCAACAACAGCAUCGUCAACAAUGAUGAUUGCUACUCAACCAUAUCCACCUUUAACACAAGUAGGCAUUGUUGUUGACCACGAUCGUCCUUAUGCUGAUUAUGGUCAUCUCGGAGACAUUGUUAUGGAUGAUAUCAAAAAACAAUUUGGUAUUGCUAAUCUUCAAUAUGUAUGUAUAGGACAAGAGAUUGGUCUAAAUUUUACCGAAUUUGGUACAUUUAAAUCGACCACUGCACGAGGUUUAAAACGAUGGCCCACACCAACAACGCAUGUUUCAUCACCAACAUUACCUGUAACAACAACGGGUCGACGACCAGCAAAAGAGACCAAAGAUCAAAAACGAGAUCGAAUAGCAAAAGAAUGUCUUGAAUUAGCACGAACUAGUGUUGAAAAUGCGAUGGAUCACUUACAAGAACAAAUGCCGUACGAAUUUUCUGCUCAUAGUACAUGGCAUUUAUCGACAUUUAAUUAUGUUCAUUUACGAGUAAAGCAAAUGGCGGAUGAAUUAGCGAAUCAUAGAAAAGAAUAUAUUUGGCCUUCAUCAUUUCCAGAUUGUACCUCAGCUCUUCAUGUUUUGUUUUUCUUACAUACUAUCUAUCGAAAAUCAAAAGGUGACACCGUCAAUAAAUGGUUAAAAUAUGAAUUUAUACGGCGAAAACGUGCUCGAUGUUUAAUUUUAAUUGGACCAACGGGUAGCGGAAAAACAUCAUUUGCGUUCUCAUUACCUGGUCCAGUCAAUUAUUUCAAAGGACGAUGGCGAUUAAAUGGUUGGAAUGAAAAUGCUCGAUACUCUGUUUUUGAUGAUAUACCAUGGGAUGAAUAUGAGAAACGGAACUUUCCAGAUAAAAAAAAUUUACUUACACAAAAUGGUCUUACCAAUGUACGUGUUGCUACUGAUAAAUAUUCUCGUACUGUCGAAAUUAAUAUCACACAACCGGCCAUCGUACUUUUAAAUCCAGAUCGUGAUGCAGGUGUUUUAGGACGAGAACCAAGAAAUGAUGAAGAAAAAAAAGAAAUGACCUAUUGGAAUGAACGAGCACUUAUUUAUCGAAUGGGUCCUGAUGAAUAUUUUUAUAAAGAGGAAAGACGUUAUUCACAAAUACAUACACCUGAAGAUCGUAUUGGUGAUCCAAAUGAAUUUGAACAAAUGGUUCAACAAUAUCAACAGAAACAUCAUAAAUAA